AUGAACGUCAAGCAGUUGUCCAUUUUAGUUCUUGCCGUGGUGGCGCAGGCCGGUGUCCAGAUCGGCGUUACUCACAAAGUGCCGGAGGCUGAGUGCACGCAGCGCACGGCCAAAGGCGACGUGGUGAAGAUGCACUACACGGGAAAACUGCACGAGACGGACGAGGUGUUCGACUCGUCGCUGGGCCGCCGGCAGCCGCUGCAGUUCACUUUGGGUGUUGGCCAGGUGAUCAAGGGAUGGGACCAGGGUUUGAUGGACAUGUGUGUUGGGGAGAAGCGGAAACUGACCAUCCCACCAGAGCUGGCCUAUGGCAAACGGGGGGCCGGUGGGGUUAUUCCUCCGGACGCGACGCUGGUGUUUGACACCGAGCUCGUGGAGAUUGUGUCUGCGAAGGACGAGCUAUGA